AUGGCCAUUGGAAUAAUUUCUGCUUCCGAUGUCAUCGAAUUCAUUGCUUCACGGUCCUCAACCAGCUCCUCUGUCUAUGUCUAUGAUGUAGCAGAGCAAGUUGGGUUCGGAACUUUGACCAAAUCUUGGCAGGGUUCUAUCCAAGACACCGCGCCUGUAGUCAGUUUGCAAACCAGGGCUGGUGCUGGCCUUAGCUUAGUCGGACGUCUUUCUGCGGGAACUAGUCAGGAUGCUGCGAGGGGUGCUGUCUUGACGGCGUACACAACUCCAGCCGGAUUAGCUGCGAUGACACAAUCUCUGUCGUACCUUCCCCCGCCGUCUGCGGCCAGCAGGCUUAUAAUUCAGGUACCCACCGUAACGUCUGUCGGAGAGGCAUUCGCACUCUCCCCCACACUUGCAUCCCUAGCAAAUGCAUUCACCCUCCUCCCAGAAAACAUCGUUAUUCUUCUUUCAGCAUCGCCUCAGGAGUCCAUCGAUCUUACGACGCUGUCGUACAAGCUCACGUCCUCUCACGUUAUUCACCUCUUUGACCACCACAGCUCCACUCGUGAAGUAGGUCAUGCGUUCUCCGCCCCUCUUCCUUUCAAAGAAGGACGAAACUCUACUGUCUCAGAAGCUUUACAAUGGUCUGGAUAUUCUUUCUUUGACUAUGCUGGGGACGAACAUGCACACACCGUCAUCGUUCUUCUCAAUGGACCUCUAGCUUUAAUGGCGAAAGCGCUCGUUGGUCGUGUAGAUGGGCUGGGAGUGGUGGUUGUCAGAGUGCUCAGGCCUUGGGACGAAGCUGCUUUCCGUAACGUCGUUCCAGAGAGUGUGAAAGAAGUCCACGUGUUUGAUGAUGUGCCGAACGAGGCUACCCAGGGUAGUCUUUACGUCGAUGUCUUUGGUUCGCUCUAUGAUCCUUCCUCUCCUGGAGUCAUUAUCCGUGCGCAUCGCGUUACACCUGAGAAGACUCAGAAAUACAUCUCUCAGCGUCAGGUAUUCUGGGAUGCUGUUCUUCAGCUCGCACACAAGGUCCCCCUUUUACCUGCUCUCGACAGCUCUAAAAGGCUCCUGUUCUUUGGCACCCCUGCUUCUCCUCUUGCUCCUUUGCCGAGCAUUGUCAAAGAUACUUUCGCGAGAACCAUGCCUACUCGUCUUCUCACCGACCAUGAUGUCUUCAGCAAACCUGGGGGCGUCAGCGCCAGCCGCAUUGUCCUUUCGCAGAGCGCAGACGCUGCUGAUCAAGCACCCUUGUGUAGCACCAUAUCGCUUGGGAGCUCCGAUUCCGGUGAAGCAGACUUCUUGGGCAUAUUGGACGCCAGUUUGCUGAAGUCGCACUCGCUGCUCAAACAUGCGAAACCUGGUUCCGCGGUGCUGGUCGUCACUCCUUGGUCGAGCGCCGAGCUUUUGUCAAACCUUCCCUCUGAUGUGUUGGCACUGAUCUCCGAUAGGAAGUUGCGCAUAUACACCAUUGACGCGAAGACAUGCGCGUCUGACCUCGCAGGAGGACCGGUUGAUCAAGAUGCGGUACAGAACAUACUGGUAUAUGUUUCAUUCUUGAGAUUAUAUCUUGGAAAGGCAGCUACCGAGCCUCUGGUUCGCAAACUUGUCACCAGUACUACGCAAGAGGCUUUCCACACCCUUGAUCUCACGAAAAUUACCGCGCGAGCGUGGGUUAGCCUCUCUGAGGUCGAACUCCCCGCCAAUGUCUCCUCGGCUGAAGACGACGCUCAACCUAAAACUUCUGCGGACCUGAAAGACUUUGAAUUUAACGCCAUCGCUGUUGAAACCGAAGAUGGAGAGACUACUGUGAAUGGAGCUAGGCUCGGAUCGUGGCAUGAUGCUGCGAAACACUUGCUCUUCCCAUCCGUGUUCACACCACCCUUGGGCCCUUCUGCUGAAACCGAAGAAUACCCUCAGAACCCCGCCUUACGCCCGGAGGUCCCAGAACGCACCUUCUUGGUAACAUGCACCGUCAACCGUCGUCUUACGCCUAUAGAAUACAACCGCAAUGUCUUCCAUCUAGAGUUUGAUACCACUGGCACCGGAUUGAAGUACGCUAUUGGAGAGGCUCUUGGAGUCCACGGUUGGAACGAUGAGCGAGAAGUCCUAGAUUUCUGUGCGUGGUAUGGCGUCGAUCCCAACCGCCUCGUCACCAUCCCAGUGUUAUCGGGUGAUGGGAGAAUGCACACUCGAACCACCCUUCAGGCGCUGCAGCAACAAAUCGAUCUUUUCGGUCGACCUCCAAAAUCGUUUUAUACCGACCUGGCACCCUAUGCAACAAAUGCCACAGACAAAUACGCUUUGCAAUUCAUAGGCUCUCCAGAAGGCUCCUCCACUUUCAAAAAGUUUGCUGAGAAGGAUACCGUGACCUUUGCAGAGGUGUUGCAGCGCUACCCAAGCGCAAAGCCUGGUAUCGAGACGCUUUGCGAGAUGAUCGGUGAUAUCAAGCCGAGGCACUACAGUAUUGCUAGUGCGCAAAGUGUUGUUGGUGACCGCGUUGACUUAUUGGUGGUUACUGUCGACUGGCUGACACCAGGUGGAUCGCCGAGAUAUGGACAGUGCACCAGAUACCUUGCGGACCUCAAGAUUGGACAGAAAGUGACGGUGUCUGUGAGGCCCAGUGUGAUGAAGCUGCCUCCCGAUCACAAACAGCCUAUCAUCAUGGCUGGCCUUGGGACAGGCGCAGCUCCAUUCCGGGCCUUCCUCCAAUAUCGUGCCCAACUUGCGCAACAGGGUGUCGCUGUCGGUCCCACUUACUACUACUUCGGUGCUCGUUAUCAAGCCUCGGAAUAUCUAUAUGGGGAAGAGAUAGAGGCGUUUAUCCUGGAUGGUACAAUCACGAAAGCGGGAUUGGCUUUCUCUCGUGACAGCGCCAAGAAAGUAUACAUCCAACAUUUGAUGCUCCAGGAUGCCCAGAUGCUGGCAGGAAAGCUGAAGAACGAGGAGGGCGUCUUUUACCUGUGUGGACCUACGUGGCCUGUUCCAGAUGUAUACGAAGCACUCGUGGGCGCACUAGUCAAGCACGAGGGACACACUCCAGAAACCGCUGGUGCAUUCUUGGAAGGCUUGAAAGAAGAGGAAAGAUAUGUAUUGGAGGUUUACUGA